AUGGCGGUGUAUGCUAAAACACGAAAGCGACUACUCAUUGACCUACUUCAUGAGAAUGGGAUAUGCAUCUCCUAUGACAGGGUGUUGGAGGUUUCCGCACUGCUAGGAGAAUCUGUGGUGAACCAGUAUGUGGAGAGCGACGCGUCUCAGAAAUGUCUGGACAUCAACAACUACGACAAGAGCAUGUGCUCCAUGUAUUUCCAGAGAUACAAGAACUGCAGGAAGUACUGGCACGGCAUCAUGGUCCAGAGGAGGCGGGACGGCGUCCGGCCAGACAUGCCCACGGCGGCGGAGAGAGAGGAGAUGCUAACGGCGCUAGGAGGGAAGCCCUACUGAGGAGGGACCUGGGGGCGG